GGUCGGUGGCGGAGCGAGCCCGUGUCACUUUCUAUUCUCGAUCCGCGUUCAAACUCGCGCGUCGAUAGCUUUUGUUUUUAAUUAGUUUAAGUGGGAUGACAAGUGAGGAACGCUGUUUUAUUAAAAAGGACGCGUCGAGUGGAUUAUUACUGACAGGAACUCGAUAAGGGACUCGAACUAGAAGUUUCUUUCUGAAUCACUGCCGCGAAUGAUAAGCUGUGAAUGCUGUGAUCAGUCAGAGUGGAACGGUCGAGUGGGGCGAAUGGGAAUGCGAAGUGAGAAGUGACAUCGAAGUGCAGUACAGUCGAAGAUGGCGCCAAUCGAUUUCGACGAAACCGGCAACAACAAUAUCGUGCCGCUUCUUCCGAGAAACACAGUGCAGCUCGAGUUUAGAAACAUAACAUGCUCUAUGAAUUCAUUUUCAGUCAACAAACUUCGUUUCGAACGAAGGGACAUCCUAAAAGGUGUCGAUGGAUGCUUCAGGCCUGGAGAGCUGACCGCGAUCAUGGGUCCGUCGGGCGCCGGAAAAACCACGCUGCUUAAUAUUCUGGCCGGCUACUUAACCCGAGGAGCAAAGGGCGAGAUCUCAGUGAACGGUAUAUGCGCUUGCGCGUCCAAAUCGUCAGGCCGCGGCGGCGCGCGCUACAUUCGGCAACAGGACGACCUGCGCGCGCACCUCACGGUAUACGAAGCUAUGUCCUUGGCUGCUGCCCUCAAAUUGGCCGACUUCACUUCACAGGAAAGGAAAGAAAAGGUCUAUGAAAUCCUAGCACUGCUGGGCUUAAGCGGAGCGGCACAGACCCUCUGCCGAGACCUCUCUGGAGGACAGAAAAGAAGACUUGCCGUAGCCUUAGAAUUACUGUCAGAUCCUUCCCUCAUGUUCCUUGACGAGCCCACAACGGGUCUAGAUUCUUCAGCGUCUGCUUCUUUGAUAGCCUUACUAAACAGCCUUGCCAGAGGUGGCAGGACACUAAUAGCGACCAUCCACCAACCUUCUGCACUACUAUUCGAGAAGAUUGACUCGGUCUACUGUUUAGCUGCCGGCAGGACUCUUUACCAAGGAUCCAGAGAACAGUUACUACCAGCAUUAGCCAGUGCUGGCCUGAGAUGUCCUCCUUACCACAAUCCAGCUGAUUUUCUAAUGGAGGUGGCGUCAGGUGAAUACGAGGUGGACCUCGUAAGGGCAGCGAAGACCAUGGAAGUGUUCAGGUCGGAUCCCACGGCCACGAGGACGUAUGAGGCUCACGUACCCACCAUACCUGCUUUACCAGGACCUUUAGAUAUAACCUCGGAGCUAAAACCGAAGCAUCUACUAGUGAAUUCAAAACACCAACAAAAAGCCUCCAAAAACAUUUAUAGGCCAUCCGGUCUCCUCAGGCAAACGUGGAUCCUCUUAUAUAGAAAUUAUUUAAUGACGACAAGAAAUUAUUCCUUAUUCAUGUACCGCGUGGCAGCACAUGUGGUGAUCGCUCUCAUCUUCGGCUACCUAUACCUGGGCGUGGGAAGCGAAGCCAGCACAGUGCUGGGAAACUAUGUAUAUCUUUAUGGGUCUAUGCUGCUAGUGGUGUACACUGGGAAGAUGUCCGUCACGCUCUCGUUUCCGUUGGAGAUGGACAUACUAAAAGGGGAAUAUUUCAAUCGAUGGUAUAAGCUGGGUCCAUAUAUCGUCUCUAUUCUAGCCGUGGAAUUGCCUUUUCAGAUGAUCUCAUGCGUAUCAUACGUGGUGCUUUCGUACUGGCUGACGGACAAUCCUCUGGAGCCGACGCGCGCCACGCUGUUCCUGGCCACCAUCGUGGCCACCUCGCUGUGCGCGCAGGCCUGGGGCUACUUCAUCGGCUCCACCACCCCCACUAAGAUCGCAGUAUUCGUGGGCCCAGUGGUCGCGUGUCUGUUCUCCGUGUUCGGAUUCUGCCUGGCGCUCUCCGACACGCCCUACGUGUUCCGGUGGCUCCACCACAUCUCAUACUUCCGAGCUGGCUUCCACGUGGCCGUCCAUUCUGUCUACGGCUUCAACAGGACCAAGAUUCACUGUUCUAAGAUGUACUGCCACUACAUCACGCCCAGCAAGUUCCUGACGGAGAUGGACAUGGCGGAGGUGGACGUGGGCGGCAACAUGGCGCUGGUGGUGUCCACCACGGUGCUCAUGCAUCUGCUCACCUGCACUGUGCUAUGGUUCCGGCUUAACAAGAGAUGAGACCGUCAGUUCAGUUCGAACACUUCUAUGUGUACUACUAUAGUCUGGUCCGUGAGCACGUAGAAUUUUGUCCAAUGACCCCAAGCUACCCAUCCUUAUCGCUCGCGCGUAAUUAUGUUGCUAUCGCGCUCACUCACUGCGGGUGCCAGUCGCACUUUCGCGACAGCAAUAUAAUUACGCGCGAGCGAUAAGGAUGGGUAGCUAGGGGUUAUUGGACAAAAUUCUACGUGCUCAUGGACCGGGCUUUAGAUAGGAUACAAAAUGGCUCACUAAAUUGUUAUCUGGUAUACCUGGAAGUCUCUAGUUUAAAUAAAUAAUAGUACACAGAAAAAAUAAAAAGGACUGCAAUGGAGACUAUGUACCAAGCCUGGUGGAUGUGGACGGUAACAUGUCGCUAUCGCUAGUGAUGUCCACCACGGUGCUCAUGCAUCUACUCACCUGCACCGUGCUAUGGUUUAGACUUAAUAAGAGAUAAGACCUUCAGUUCACUUCACUUUUAUGUAUACUACUAGAAUAGUGUAAUGAUAAUACUUACAUGUACCUACUUUUUGUGUACCAUCAUAGUCCGCCAAAGAUCUAGUAGUAUACAUGGAGGUCUCUACGUCUCUAGUAGAAGAGUACAUAGCAAAACCAAUUUAGAAGACAGUUUAUUAUUAUGUGGACGUGGGCGGUAAUAUGGCGCUGGUGGUGUUCACCACCUGCCGUUCGGCACCUGCACUGUGCUAUGGUUCCGGCUUAAUGAGAGAUGAGACCUCCAGGGUUUUAUUAUACGAACACUUCUAUUACUACUAGAUAGGGUGCGGUGAAUAUGGUAGUGUGUACAACCCUUCUCAAUUGUUUUUUUUACGUCAGAAAAUGCUUUAUGUAGGACUCUAAGGGAGGCAGAAGGGCUGGACCUAGCCAUUAAAACACGGUGGUGUCCUUCGGAGCCCCAUGAAACGAGCCCCUUUAUUAUCCUAACUUGAACAUUUGUCCCUAGCUCAGCACAAUUUAUUUGCCAUAGCUUAUUUAGUAGUACAUGGAAGUCUCUAGUUUAAAUAAAUAGUACACAGCAAAAACAAAAGACGAUGCGAUAGAUAUCUGGUGAUCUAUUCUAUGGACCAAUUUAAGUAUACUUCUCUAAAAUAUAAGAUAGGCGUACCUACAUUAUUGCGUACUAAUUAGUUCAAUGUCUCUCGAAUAUUAUUGAGUUCCUUUUAUUUGACUUUUUUGGCUUUUGUACAUGAAUCAAUCCUAGUCAAUUCAUGGUAAGGAGGAAUACAUAUUAUGACUAUUUUAAAAGGGAUUGAAUCAUAACAAAUAAAUCUUAGAGACAGUUUGUAAUUUUGACUGAGUCUAAAACAACAUGACGACAUAGGUUAUUGUUUGAAAUAAAAUACAUAUUUACAUAAAAAGCUACCUUUCAUUAUAGCGGAAACGGUAUUAAAUUAAACAGUAAAUAAUGAAUAACUAUGAAUUAUAUCGUUCAUGAUGUUUAAUGACUCAAAUAUUUGCUAAGUGUAUUUGGCAACAAACAUUGGUAAAUUGAUUCCUUCAUUACUUUCGUUUUGUUUACAGUUCAACGUGAUACUGAUAAAUCGUAAUUAAACUCGCAUAUAGUGGUUAAUACAAUGUUAUUAUGAUCGGUGCAUCAAAUGAAGUUGAAGAAACUUAUUAUUACUGAUAACCUGAGUUAAAGUUUAAACACCAGCAGUUAUCAUAUCGUUAAAUGAUGUUUAACUUACCUACUUUUUUCAUUUACUAGAAUUUCCGACUCCAAUUUCAUUGUCUUAGGCUAUGCGCACACGGGUGACUUUUUGUCACAGUGACAGUAUAUCUUUCUCUUUUACACUUUUAUCAAAAGAAAAAGAGAGACAAUUCCUAUUAAACUUAUUCUUAUCUAUGGAGAGACAUACUGUCACGGAAUUGCACGCGCGCUUUUAAUGUUACAAAACCUAAAUAAUAAAUGAAAUGAAAUGUUACCGAUAAAAAUGUAGAGUUUAGUACAACUACCUCAUUGUUUUAUAUGUCGCACUUUUCCAUAAUCAUUUAUAAACAUAUUCACGUUUCUAGAUCUGAACUUUGACGUGAUUGAUUAGUGAUUAAAAUAAGAUGACAAUGAGUAAUUUUAAUUAAUACAUAAUGGUGAUAAAAAUGAGUUUCCACGAUAGAUCUUAAUUUAAAAUUUCUAUUUUUUACAUUCUUUAGUGUAAAUUGAGUAAGAAUGGUUUAUUACAUGGUGUAACUUUUUAAUAAAAUCUUUGUAAAUAUUUUUUCAUGACUGUGGUUGACGGUUACUUACUUAGGCGAAUCGAAUUAUUAGUUAGUAUUAUUAAUUGUAAUUUAGUGUCAAAACGAAGAUUUACUAUGUACUUAGAACGAUGUGAUAAAUGCGACAUGUGGCCAAACUUGCCCUAACGAAAUAUUCAAAUUUUAAAAGAUUUCUAAAUAAUUUGAUAACAGCCUUUAAAAUGUUCAGGGAAUAAUGUCAGCAUUUGCCAGUUAUUAGGAUAUUUAUUUAAUUUAUCAUUUAGAUUAUUAAUAACUUAUAUGAACCUGUAUUAAAUUAAAUGACUACAUAGGUAUAGUUAUUAAAGUAAGCUGAUAGAAUCUAUAUUUAACAAAUGAACCAAACCUUUUGACAAAAUGUUAAUUUCAAUAAUAGGUGCUUUUGCGCUAACCUCGUUUAUUUUGAUUUGAAAUUAAAAAUAUUUUAAUUCCUUAUAAUUAUUGCUCUAAAUAUAGCGUGAUAUAAAUGGUUUGUAAUCUCUUGUCUCGUCUACUUUUUGGUUUUAUUCUUUGAUUUAUAUGUAUAUUCAUUCGUCCAAUUUAAUUUUAUAAUAUUUUUAAGUCGACCUAUUUUAUAAACGGUUGUAAAGGACAAACGGCUUUUAUAUAGCAUUAAAUAAGUGGAUUUCUAUGGAUCAGUGAAAAUAUUUUAUUAAAAAAAUGUAUAGAUUUAGGUACAAAAUAAA